AUGGGUCUUGUCAAGAAGCUCAUCCUCGGCGGCACCGUCUACGGCGUCGCCCGCGAAUUCAACAAGAAGCGCGACAGCGAGCCACAGAGCCGCCAAGCCGCGCCAGAUUACAAUUCUCAGCAGCACUCGCGGCAGCAGCAUUACUGCUAUCAUCCUCAGCAGCAGCCAUCAUACUGUGCGCCGUCGCAGCAGCAGUACCACCAAAAACUACCUGCGUACGAGCAGCACCAGCCCGCACCGUCCAACUACCAGCCCCAACGAGUCUGGGACGAAAAGCGAUGA